UACGUAUAUAUAAAAUACAUUAGAAAGAACAUAACCUUAAGCUACAGAAAUGUAUAUAUCCAAUGUCUUAUUUAACAAGAAUUGUGCAGUUCUGAACGUUUAGAAGUAAUUUCUGACUUCAGAUGCGUGGUUCUGAAGACAAUCAUGCAGUCUAAUAGAUUACAACAACAGAAUUUUGCUCUCUUUUUUAGACCAUUUGCCUAAUUUUAGCACUUUUACUAAACCAAAGAUGUAAAACGGAAGUCAAGUCAUGAUGCUAUAUGCUUAAGUUGGUAUUAUGUGUGCUGCCAACAGUACAAUUCCCUUUGAAAGACUUGGCAAUCGAAGCUGCAAACGGUACGAGGCACUGUGGAGAGGGAGGAGAGGCUGACACUGAAGUUCGAAGACAAUUUCGAACCAAGUGACCGUCUUCCAGAUUCUGUCAAAUAUUUAGCAUCCUUAGAAAAAAGGCUGGCAAUAUUGAAGGAACGUCAGAGUAAGAAAGAUCUUAUACAAUCCCUUGAGGAAAAGCACAAAUCGUGUAUGUUGAGGUUGAUGUCAGAAGGCAGUAGUAACACAGCUGUCACUCAGGAAGACUUUGACUUGGAUGAACCAGUUCACAUCAACCACCCUGCUCACACAUUGUUGAGGCGGAUUGCACCCGAGCGCCAAGCAAUAACUUUGGGUGAACUUGUUGAACUUCUGAAAGCUGACCAAUUAGCAGAAAUUCUAGCAGAAGAAGAAAAUAAUAGUGCUAGCAGUCUGAAUAAUUAAGUUUCCAUAAAGUUAUUGUGAAAUUAAUUGACUGGUUAAAAUGACAGACAUACAGAAAUUUUUCUGGGGACAGAAGACCUACUGUUUGAUAACAGGUGCUAGCAAAGGAAUUGGACGCAAAUUUGCUGUAGAAUUUGCACGCAGAUUUGCUGCCAACUCGCUUUUGGUCCUUGUGGCCCGAUCUGAAUCAGGUUUGGUAGAGACUAAGGAUCUUGUAAAAAAUGCUAAUGCAGAUGUUAAAGUUAAGGUGUACCCAACAGAUCUUUGUAAACCAGAUCCAGAGUUAUUUCUUCAAAUGAUACAGACAUCUCUCACAGAAUCUGGGUGUAACCCUGCAGAUUUUGAUUUAUCCUUGAUAAUUCAUAAUGCAGGUUCAGUUGGGGAUGUAUCAGAAAACACUUCCAAUAUGUCCAACCCAGAUAAAUGGCAGGAAUAUUUCUCUCUAAAUCUUUUUUCAGUUGCAUGUCUCAAUUCUCAGUUUCUUAAAGUGUUUUCUGAAGGAUCAGUCAAACAGAGGAGUGUUAUUAAUGUCACUUCCCUUUGUGCAAUCAAACCAUUUAACUCAAUGGGAUAUUACUGCACUGGAAAGGCUAGUAGAGAAAUGUUCUUUAGAGUGCUGGCAAAAGAGAAUCCAACACUUACUGUUCUCAAUUAUGCUCCUGGUCCAGUAGACACAGAUAUGGUAUCAGAAGUAAUAAGUGGCACUGGAGAUGCUGACAUCAAACAAAUGUUUGUAAAUCUGAAGAAGGAAGAAAAGAUCCUAACUGUUGAACAGACUACAAAUAGAAUUAUUGAAGUACUUGAAAAUGGAAAGUUUGAAUCAGGACAGCAUGUGGACUAUUAUGAUGAGUGAUGUACUCUUCAGAGCUUUGUAAUGAUAAUGAUUAUAAUUAAUAAAGAAUAACUACUGACAUUUUA